AUGCUGGUGCAUUCCAUAGUUUUCGCUGGCAGAACUGUUUUUUGGGCGCUCGUGCUGCUCCUGAUGAUCGUAUACGCCUUCGGAGUCGUCUUGACAUUGGCUGUAAUGGAGCACACAGACGGCGGCAAACGCAUCGACGACGAGGCGCUCAUAGCUUAUUAUGGGGAUUUGUACCGAUCAAUGUUAAGUCUGUGGAUGGCUGUGUCGGGGGGUAUCAGCUGGAUCGAGGUGGCCUUGCCGCUCCAAAGAAUUGGUAGCCCCGUGUGGAUGGUAGUGUUCCUGCUAUACGUCAUCUUCGUGUACGUCUUCGUACUCAAUGUUGUAACAGGUGUAUUCUGUCAGAGUGCAUUCGAGGGUGCUCAGCAAGAUCUCGACCUCACCAUUGAGGCCCAGCUCAAGGAGAAGCAAACAUAUGUUGACCGCCUCAAGAUGCUCUUCCAGGAGAUGCACUGCGACCCCAAUUAUCAGAGUGAAAGCAGCGGGCUCACUGCAGCAGAGUUGCACGCUCAACUGGCAAGGCCAAAGGUGAAGGCGUGGUUCAAGGCGCUGCCGAGCGCCCGCGACCGACCGGGGCUGCCGAGCGGGAGGCCCGCGACGCGCGACGCCGGCCGCCCCACGACGCGCGACGGGGUGGCGCUGCCGCCGCCGCUGGACGGCAGGCGCACCGCCGGCCGCUUCGCGGAGAGUGCCGCUUCCCGCCCCGCCACGCGCGACGACGCCCGGAGCGCCGCGGCUUCGCACCACCGGCUGUUCGGGCUGGAGGGCAUGCGGCCCAGCACGCGCGACGAGAGGAGGCUGCAGCGGAUGAUCGAGGGCAGAGGCGGCCAGCAGCGCGCCCGGCCCGGGUCCCGAGAGGAUUGGGCGCGAGCGCUCGCAGGAGGAGGCGGCCGGCGCCGCGCCGCGCCCUCAAACGAGGGACGGCGGCUGCGCCGGGUCGCCCCACAGGCUGGAGGAGAGGCGAGGCCCCCAGGACGUGGCCGUGCGGCAGGUCAGGGGAGGCAGAAAGCGUGCCUCCCUGCAGCGCAUGGACGCGGCGGCGCCAGCGGCCGGGCCGGCGGAGCCGUCGGCCAGCCCCGGCUCUCCGUGCAGAGGCGGGUCAAGGACCGGGGGGGCCCCUCCCUGGCGAGCGUCGGCAGCUGCCGCGCCGCCGGCGACCCGGCGAGCGCCGCCGACGACUCCGCGCGGGGUCCCCCGGGGGCGCAUCCCCGCGCGCGGCCGGGCGCCCCGCGUCGCGACCGCGCGGUGCGCGGACGAGCCUGA